CACACACGCAGCUUCAGUGAAAGAAAAAAGAAAAGGUAAAAGAAAGGAAAAGUACAGAGAAGGGGAAAACGGGGAAGAAGGAGAGGGAAGAGAGGAGGAACGGCGCCGACGAGGAGCUCACUGUUGCUGCUGUCGCGUCGUCGAAGGGAUCAGAGCCGCGAAGAGAGAGAGAGAGAGAGCUAAGGAGAGAGAUAAGCGUCACCAUCAUCGUCACGAUCGUAGGCGUGAAGACUGUCGCUGUCGCUGCCGCCAUUGAGGUCAGCAUCGUCGCCCUAGCCGCGCCGAAAGUCCGUCGCCAUCGUUGGGUUCAAAACGCGAAGGAGCCAGUUGUGGUUCGUGCUACCAGCUGCGCUGUCACGCUGUGGGAGGAUCGCUGUUUUGCGCUGCGAGGCCGCUGCCAUAGCCACCAUUCAUGCAUGCUCUGUUGCCGUGGAGUGCGUUGCCGUCAGGAGCCAGAAUGCCAGAGAGAAGAGCUGUCCCGUUCUACCGCCACUGAAGGACCCGUUGCCACCGGAUCCGCCACUGUUGGAGCCUCUGGCCUCCGGGCAUGCCCUUGUUGCCGGUGAAUGAAGUUGUUGUCGCCAAUAGCCACUCCGGUAAGGGUUUUAAGUUGCUUUUCCUUUUUCGUUGAGUUUUCGGAAACUUCAUUGUCGCUACAUGUUGUUCAAGUCGCGGCUGCCGCUUGGGGUGGUUGCUGGGGCUGCCGCCAGAUCAGUUCAGAAACCGACACUGCUGUUUUCUUUUACAGAAUUAAUAAUCGAGCUUACUUGUGGCGUUUGAGGCUAUUUCUGUUAUUGAGAAAGCAAGCGGAGCUGAGGUUUUGGUUGCCGUCAAUUCAGGUUGAGGUGAAAGGAACUCUGAGGCAUUUGGGUUAUGGUUUCAACGUGUCGAGGUCAAAGAGGCAAGAAUGGAUAUGCAAAAGUGGAAGGAAACAUGUACAAAGGGAGAAAACAUGAAGAAAACAAGGAGAAAGCACUCAGCCAUGCGUGCGUGCGCACAAGGAUGCAUGCGUACGCACAAAAAGGAAAUCAACAUCUGUGCGUGCGCACAACCCUCUGUGCGUACGCACAAGUGGAAAUUCAGCGAAGUGUGCGUACGCACAUAUCUGUGCGUACACACAGGUACCAGCGCAUGCCUCCAUUAAAAAGUCACGUGGACUCGCGUUUUGGAGAUCUUUUGGCCCAUUUCGAAAGGUUUGGAUGCUGAAAUCAAGUGCUAUAUGAAGGGGGCAACAUCUCAUAUGAAGACAUUAGGUUUUAUUAGGUUAGAGAGCCAUCUUAGAAUAGGAAAAAAACACAUAGUAGGAGUAGGAGUAGUGUA